ACAUCUUAUCACUUACACUAUGAUGAGUGACUAUCACAAUAUAUUGACACUAGGGUAUCCUUGAUCAGUGACCUCACUACAAUGCCAUGCUGUUGACAGACAUACUGUGAUCUAUUCAAUAUUUCUCAAAUCUACUUGUUUUCAUUUAGUGCGAAGGUCAAUAAUUUAUCAUUGGUGAAUAGAGUUGUGAUGAGUCAAGUUGUACACUAUAAGGACUAUGGGCUGUUUAUCUGGCACCGAUAGUGAGAAUUUAACUUCUAAUUUGAAUUACGAUGAACAUGGUGACGAGGAACAGACCUGUGGGAACAAGUGUACACAACUUAUCAAUGGGGCUCGCAAAGCUCUUAGGGCAAGAAUUUUCUGGAAAGCUGUUUUAUUGGGACAAUUUAUAUCUCUUCUCCUGUGUGGACUAGCAGUCACUAGUGGUCUUUUGUCUAACCAGGGAGUGAAUAUCCCAACUGCCCAAUGUUUCCUCAACUACUUAUUGCUGUGUGUGGUGUUCACGCCUGUCCUGGCAUGUCGCUCUGGCGAGAGGAAUCUGUGUCAACGCCUGAAGACAUGGGGCUGGAAGUAUAUCCUCAUCGCCAUUGCUGACGUAGAGGCCAACUUUCUGGUGGUCAGUGCCUAUCAGUACACAACUGUCACCAGUGUACAGCUGCUGGACUGUUUCAGUAUACCUAUGGUUUUACUGUUGUCAUGUCUCAUCCUCCGUAUUCGGUACAAACCACUCAACUUCGUAGGAAUUGUUGUUUGUCUCCUGGGCAUGGGUGGACUGAUCCUUACUGAUUUCCUGUCUGGCAAUGCAAAUGUCAAGGACGCUGGGAAAGCACCCAACAAGCUGUUAGGAGACCUGCUGUGUAUCGCAGGCGCCUCCCUGUACGGCGUGUCUAACGUGGCUGAGGAGUAUGUCGUCAAGUUUCAUGAUAAGGCAGACUUCCUGGGCAUGGUCGGUCUGUUCGGGAGUUUUGUCAAUGGAAUACAAUUCGUCGUCACAGAACGGGAUAGAGUUGCAGAAAUUGACUUCUCUUCUUACCAUAUAUUGCUGCCUCUGAUAGGUUUCACAGUUUUCCAGUUCCUCAUGUACACCUGUAUGACUGUAGUGAUUCAACAGACUAGCGCCACGGCCGUCAACAUCUCCAUCCUGUCUGCAGAUUUCUACACUCUGCUAUUUGGUCUUUACCUGUUUAAAUAUGAAUUCCACAUCCUGUACUUUGUGUCCUUCGUACUAAUUCUUAGUGGGAUCGCUAUAUAUUCUUGCCAGUCGACGGAAUCACAAGGGGCAGACAUCACUAUAAACCGUACUAUAGACGGUACACCCUCCAGAGACUCCUAUGAAGAAAUGGAAGAAUCAAGUGUGGAUGAUUGAGGAGAGGCUGAGCUGAUUGGAGACCAGUACUGUCAUUGACUAUUAUUGAAUGUUUUAACUUAAUUAAUCUUUGUUGAAAUUUUCAUUUAUUGUUUUUAACCUGCUUGAAACUUGUUCUUUUGGCAAGGAGACACAAAUUAUACAAGUAUUUUAGUGUCACAAUUUCCUCGAUUGAUUUUAGUGUCACUCAUCCUUGUAUCCAGGAGAGAAUUGUUCAAUAUUACCUGUAAUAAUUCUGGUGCUUUAAAGGGAUUUAAAACAUCUCAGUCGAUCCAAACUUUGGUGCUCAAUAGGACUAUAUCCAUGUACUGUGUAUGUCAGUAAUAUACCAUGCACUGGUAUGUGAACAGUGCGAUUAUACUUUUAAUUAUAUAUGUUUUAAUUUUUAUGAAAAAAGGUCUACAACCACUUUAUUACAUAAAAAGAGCACACAGAAACAAUAAUGAACACCCUUAUAAGGAACCCAAUGUGCCCCACCCCAUCCGCCUGCUCGGAUACACUAAAUAUAGUCAUUUUCAAAUUUGACACAAUUGUUUUGAUAAAACUCCUUUUAGUUAGGGGCAGAACUCAAUGUUACCAUACUAAGGUGUAAAUAUGAACUAAAUUUGUUGAGGGGUUCUUGAGAUGUCUUCUUCACAAUCAUUUUACUUCAAAAGUUGUCAGGUGUGAUCUUUUACCUUGACCGAUCACCACAAAAUAUACUAAUCAGAUCUAUCAUUUGAUAUUACCAGACUAUCAUGUAAAUAAAUAUAAACUUACAUACAUUAUAUGCAUUCUCAAAUGCAAGAGAUAUAUUCCAAUGGUUAUAUUUUAGUAUGGUAUGCUGAUUUUUUGCAUUUAAUAAUAUUGUAGUGCUCUCUGUCCACAACUUUAUAUUCUGGGCAAGUUUUUAUUAUUUGUAAUUUUAAUGUAACAGAUGCACCUGGCCUAUAUGACCUGAAAAAAUCUACUUUUUUUAGUUCAAGGUUGUGAAGAGCCAUGUUUGGAAUUUGAAGAGUUAAUUGUUAUACAUUUUUCAACAGUAAUUGACAAUUGUAUUUAUCAGUUAUUCCAAGUUUUUUCAUGUUUACAUACUCUGUAUUUUUAUUAUGCUCUUCAUUUUUUGAUAGACUUGGGCAUUGAUGAAUAUUCGAAGGUGUGUAUAUAAUGGAUUUAUAUACAUUAAUUGUAUAAUAAAGCUUUUUUAAAGCUUUUUUUGAUUUUUUUAAAAAGAUUAAUUUUUUGAAUUUAAUUUUUAAAUUUGAUUCAACAAUUUCAGUUGGAGUGGCUCUCAUUAACAAUAUAAGGGCUUGUGUGGAUGUGCAUGGUAUGGAGGGUGCAAGCUGGUUACCUCAGGGUAUAUGCAAUGUAAUAUGAAAUCCUUUCAAUUUUAAUUAUUGGUCUUAUGAACAUUUAACAAUUGCUGAGGGGUUAAAUCACCAGACUCAAGGACAAUACAAAGUACAGAAAAUUCCUAUAAAUUUUAUACAAUGAUGAACAAUCUUACCAAUUUUUUUUUAAGUACCAGUAGAUAACAUUUCAUGAAUUUAAGGUCACUUUUCAUUUGAAGUUUUAUUGUGAAUAAUUUAGCUGACCUUAUGUAAUUUAUUUUAGGAAUUUUUAAAUAAUUAUGUUUAAGCUUCAAUUCGAUUUAUCAUGUUAAACAUUAAAUUUA